AUGAGAGUGUUAUCGCCUAUUCUUUCUUUCUUUCUUUCUUUCCUUCUUUCUUUCUUUCCUUCUUUCUUUCUUUCUUUCCUUCUUUCUUUCUUUCUUUCUUUCCUUCUUUCUUUCCUUCUUUCUUUCUUUCUUUCCUUCCUUCUUUCUUUCUUUCCUUCUUUCUUUCUUUCUUUCCUUCUUUCUUUCUUUCUUUCUUUCUUUCUUUCUUUCUUUCAUUUGUUUUAUUCUUUCUUUCUUUCUUUCUUUCUUUCUUUCUUUCUUUCUUUCUUUGGUUCCUUCAUUUGUUUUAUUCUUUCUUUCUUUCUUUCUUUCUUUCUUUCUUUCUUUCAUUUGUUUUAUUCUUUUUUUUUUCUUUCUUUCUUUCUUUCUUUCUUUCCUUCUUUCUUUCUUUCUUUCUUUCUUUCUUUUUUUCUUUCUUUCUUUCUUUUCUUCUUUCUUUCUUACUUUCUUUCUUUCGUUCCUUCAUUUGUUUUAUUCUUUCUUUCUUUCUUUCUUUCUUUCUUUCUUUCUUUCUUUCUUUCUUUCCUUCAUUUGUUUUAUUCUUUCUUUCUUUCUUUCUUUCUUACUUUCUUUCUUUCUUUCUUUCGUUCCUUCAUUUGUUUUAUUCUUUCUUUCUUUUUCUUUCUUUCUUUCUUUCUUUCUCAUUUUUUUUCACUGAAACUAGUCAGUAAUUUUUAUUUGUUUUUUCUAUCUUUCCUAAAUUCAUUAAACCUUUUUAUUAUUUCCUUAGAUGUGAUUUCUUUCUUUCUUUCUUUUUUUCUUUCUUUCUACUCAUUACACCAUUCUUUCAUUCAUUAUUUCAAUAAUUCUUUCUUUCUUUCUACUCGUUACACCAUUGUUUCAUUCAUUCAUUCAUUCUUUCUUUCUUCUCGUCACACCAUUCUUUCAUUCAUUAUUUUAUUCUUUCUUUCUUUCUUUCUUUCUUUCUUUCUUUCUUUCUUUCUUUCUUUCUUUCUUUCUUUCUACUCGUCCAUUCGUUCUUUCAUCCAUUCUUUCUUUCUUUUUUCUUUCUUUACAUUUGCAUAUAUCGUUAUUUAUAAAUAUUUUUUUUACACAAGGAAUGAUUACUUUUUAACGCAACACAUUUAUAAAAAAUAUCUAUCUAUCUAUCUAUCUAUCUAUCUAUCUAUCUAUCUAUCUAUCUCGGUUUGGUCUUAA